AUGAAUGCCCAGCCGCUGCAAGGCGCACGUAGAUGGGGGGGCGGCGGUGGCGGCGGCGGCGAUGGCCCCAACCCUGGACCUUCCGGCUCCGCAUCUUCGCCAUACAACAACGAUCCGUCUCGCAACUACCCGCAUUCGUAUCAGCAGCAGCCGUACUCGCAACCUUACCACUCGUCUCCACCCAACCACUCCUCCUCUUCCAAUCCGCGCGAUGCUGCACUCGCAGCAGCAGCAGCCGUCGCAGCCAGCAUCGGCAUGAAGCGCGACCGCGAUGGCGCGCCGCCACAAUCUUAUGCCUACCCACCUCCUUCCUCUGCAUCCGGCCCCGACGCCGCCGACGGCGGCCCGCGCAAGCGCAAGUCGCGAUGGGGCGAUGCGGCAGACAAGGUGACCAUCCCUACGGCGAUUGGCGCCAACGUGUCGGCGCAGGACCUCGACAAGUACGCGGUGCAGGUGCGUCUAGACGAGAUUGCGCGCAAGCUGCGUUCGGGCGACUUUAUCCCGCCGGACCGCGAGCGCUCGCCCUCGCCGCCGCCCACGUACGACGCGCAGGGCCGCCGCACCAACACGCGCGAGGUGCGCUACCGCAAGAAGCUCGAGGACGAACGCAUGGCGCUCGUCGACCGCCAGCUCAAGCUCGACCCCAACUACCGUGCGCCCUCGGACUACCAUGCGAUCAAGCGCAACCAGCGCCCCACCGAGAAGGUCUACCUGCCCGUGCGCGAGUUCCCCGAGAUCAAGUUCUUCGGCCUGCUCGUCGGACCGCGCGGCAACACGCUCAAGACCAUGGAGCGCGAGAGUGGCGCCAAGAUCUCGAUCCGCGGGCGCGGCUCCGUCAAGGACGGCAAGGGCAAGGGUGGUGACGAGGACGAGGAGGAGAUGCACUGCGUCGUGACCGCCGACGACGAGGCGGCGGUGAAGAAGUGCAUCAAGCUCAUCAACCAGGUCAUCGAGACCGCCGCCUCCACGCCGGAGGGCGAAAACGACCACAAGCGCAACCAGCUGCGCGAGCUCGCGGCGCUCAACGGUACGCUGCGCGACGACGAGAAUCAGCUGUGCAAGAACUGCGGCAACAAGGGACACCGCGCGUUCGAGUGUCCCGAACAGCGCAACUGGACGGCGCACAUCAUCUGCCACCGCUGCGGUGGGCAAGGGCAUCUUGCCAGGGACUGCACGCAAGGCCGCGCACCGGGCGGGUUUGGCGCACCCAAUGCGGCACCGGCGCCCGGCACAACGGGCAACCGACAAUUUGACUCGGAGUACGCCAACCUCAUGGCAGAGUUGGGUGAGCCUGCUGCUGGUGCAGGUGCGGGUGCGGCGGUGGGCAGUGCGGCUCCGGGUCAGGCAGUGGGAGCGGACGGCAGGAAGAUCCCGCCGUGGCGCAAUCCGGACGUAUGGCAGCAGCCUGGCUUUGGUAUGCCGCGCGGCGAUGGCGGUGGCCGCGGCGGUGGUGGUGGUGGAUGGGGUCAGCGCGGUGGUUAUGGCAAUCGAGGCGACCGUGGUGGAUACAAUCAGUACGGCGCCCAGUCGCACCAGGCGUAUGCACAGCAGCAGUAUGCCGGUUACGACCAGGGUGGACAGCAGGCAGCUGCAGCUGCGGCUGUGGGGCAAGAGGGAGAGCAGAAGGACUACUCUGCCGAGUGGGCGGCGUACUAUGCAGCCCAGGCGGCGUAUGCGGAUCCGAAUGCUGUUCAGGCAGCAGCAGCGGGGGGAGAUGCGGGAGGCGUCGACUAUACCAAGGAGUGGGAGGAGUACUACCGAAUGCAAGCGGCUGCUGCAGCUCAGGACGGAAGUGCCGCUGCAGCUUACACCCAACAACAGCAGUAG